AAGAUAUCCCUCGAAAAGGUCCGAUUACGUCUAUCCAGGCUAAACGACAGUCUCCCUCCCCUCCUCCGCAAAUACACCACUCCCCUCCUCGAGGCCCCGUCCGCCCACAUCAUGUCCUUCGUGCUGCUGCACGAGCUAACCGCCAUUGUGCCCAUGCUGGGGCUAUGGGCUGACUUCCACUAUAACGGUCGCCUCCCGGACUUGACCUCCAACGCCUCGUUCCAGGAAAAGACACAGAAGCUGGGGAACUAUCUACGGAAGAAGGGCUGGGUGGAGGACGCCGAUGUGGAUAGUGCUAAUAGUGCCGGUGUGGUGGGCGGUGAUAAUGAGGGGAAAGGAGUGCGUCUGAUUCUGGAGGUUGCGGCGGCUUAUACGAUAGUAAAGGCUUUGAUGCCGCUACGGGUGGUGGUGUCCGUGUGGGCGACGCCGUGGUUCGCGCGUACGGUUUUGGUUCCGACG